AUUGUCCACGCAAUAACCCUAAUAUCAAGGGUUUAGAAAAGGCUGAAGUAAAAGAAUUAGUUAAGGAAACCGAGCAAAAUAAAAAAGAUUUAGAAAAAGAAAUCAAGGAAUUACAAACCAAAAUUAAAGAGGAAGCUGAUAAAGACCAAAAGCAGGAACUCAGUGAACAACGAGCUGACAAGAUUAAAGAAUUACAAAAAGCAGAAGCUGAUUUGGCUGAUUUAAAAAUGGUUUGUGUCGCGGUUUUUCGCUCCUUAUUCCCCGGAACUGUUGCUGCCGGAACUUAUUUAGGUAAAAAGGUUAUUGAUAAGUUUGGGGAUACUCCGGGGAAUAAUUUGAACCGCAACAAAAAAUUAGAGGAGGAAAGCAAGGCACUUGCUGAACAAUUAAAAACCGAACAAGACCCUAAAGAAAAAGCUCGAAUAUCCGCCUUAAUUAACCAAAAUAAAAAAGAGAUUGCUGAUAAUAAUCGGGAAAUGAGUAAAAAAAUUGAUGAAUUGAAUAAAGGUUUUGAAAAUUUUGGGCGAGGACAAUUGACUUUUAGUCAGUUUCAGUCUAAGUCUAAUGAGCCUAGUCUAAGCAUCGGACCCCGUGGAGGACGCCAUUCCGGAACUAGCGGUCAUGAAAAUUGUUCUUCUUGUCCGGGAAAUUAUUAUCAUGGGGGCGAGUGUAAUUAUGGGGGGCGUCAUGUUUUAGCCGAGGAAGUGGCCUUGAUUAAUAAAAAUUUUGAUGGCGUUGAUAAACUACAAGACCGCCAUAAUCAAUUGAGAUUAAGUGCUAAUACUAACAAAGAAAAAUUCGAGGAGGAAAAAAAUAAAGUAUUAAAUGAUUUUCAAAAAGUGAAAGAUAAUUGUUGUAAUCCCACUAAAUUAGCCUUUUAUGCGACUUGUAUUGGGGUAGACGAGAAACAAGGCCUAUUCCAGAAGCAUGUCGAACAUUUGUUCCAGUCUUUUGCUAAGGCUAUUGACAGGUAUAUUAAUCAAGUCCAAAAUCUUAAAUUAGAUAAACAUCCCGCCCGCACCUUAUUUGAUCCAGAUACGGAAAAAAUUCUCCGUAAUGCUAAAAAAGAAUUAUUUGAACCUUCUUCUCCCAAUCCUUUUGGAAGUUUAGCCAGUAGUAAAGGGCGUGGCAAAUUAGGAGGCCAGAAAAAAGGAGAUAAUCAAACGGAAAAUAAGGAUAAGAAAGAAAAACCAGAAGAGGGUCUUUUGAAAAAAUUUUUUAUCGUUUUAGUGGUGAUGGCAGUAAUUCUUCACCUAGUUAUUUUGGGAAUAACGGCCUUUCUUAAUUGGCAAAGCAAUGAACUUAAAGCUAAGAAAGAACAAAAAGAUUAUCAAGAGCAGGAGCGAGAAAAUACUCGUGCCGAAAGAGACAAAGCCGAAUUAGAAAAACUAAAAAAGGAUUUAGAAGGGUUUUCUGGUCAGGGACUUUAUAAAAUCCAUGAUUUAGAUGUCGAGACAGGUUAUUUAGGUAUCAAAGGAAUUGAUGAAGCGAAAAGAACACAAAAUCUCGAUACUAGUAAAUACGAAGAAGGACUAAAUGAACCCGGCUAUCUCCUUUUUAGCAAUGAGACUAAAAAACAUUUUUGUCGGAUCAUUAAAGAUAUAGAUGAUUGGAUAAAUGAUGAGGGGAGAUUGGAGAACGAAGCAGGAGGAGAUAAAGAUAAUUAUAGUGGUUAUCUAGUUCGUAAUAAUUGUAUUCUUUACGGAGCACCAGGAACGGGUAAAACUGAGUUCGCUCGGGAAUUAAGCCGAAUUCUGAUUGAUCGUUAUGGUGAAGUACCUACUAUACCGCAAUCCAGUAACGAUCCUAAUGACCCUAAUUACGGAAUAAGCAUAGACCCCAAAGAAAGAGAAAAAGCAGAAAAAGGGAUUAAAAAACCCAGCAUCCCAGUGGUGGAAAUUAAAGGAGCCAGUUUGCAAUCAGCCGGACCAACAGUAGGUGAUUUAUUACCACAGGAAAAAUUAGUAAAAAUUCUUCAGAGAUUUAAAGAGGAAUUUUUUCAAAGUGUUGAUAGGGAAGGUAAUACAGGAGUUGCUAGUAAGUUGCCUUAUAUCGUCUUUAUUGAAGAAGCUGACCAAGCCCGUAAUACUAUGACUGAUAAACCCAAAAGGAAUUUAGAAGACUUUAAAAACUUUUUAUCCAGUUCAGGUGAUAAAGAUGGUUUAAAUACUACCCAGAUUAGCCAAGCUGCCCAAGAUAGAAAUAGUAUUAUUAUCAUUGCUACUAAUAAUUAUGAAGAAAUUGAUCCGGCCAUCAAACGACGUGAUUAUCAUUUAUUAUUCGAUUUAGCCAAAAAACUUAAUUUCAAUAAUUAUAAAGAGAGAUUGGUUAAAAAAGCUAACGAUAUUUUAAAUGAGGUUAAUCCUGAAACUGCCAAGCAAAAAGAGGCUCGGAUUGAAAAAGCAAUAAAAGAUAUUGAAGAUAAAGAAGAAAAAUCUCGAAUAAGACAGGAAGAAGCCGACAAAAAAUUUACAACUUGUGAACAUGAGUCUAAACCUAAACAAAACCUAGAAAAUUUCACUCAUCCUAAUCAAAUUCAACGCUAUUCUUAUAAUGAUGCCCGUUCAUUACGAGAAAGAAUUAAUCAAUUGCGGCAAGACUUAAAUGAAUAUGGACAAGAAGCUAUUAACACUUUUGGGAGGGAACUAAGGGAAAUAGGCAAUAAAUUAACUGCUAUCAAUGAUUGA